GUCGUAUAUCCAUUGUGUUUUUCAAGCAUUCUUCAAACAUGCUUCCUCAUUCACUCGCUUUCGCUCUUAUUCUCUUUCUUUCCACCUUUUUCGUUGAUGUCUCUGCAACAAAUAAUAAGCUCCCAAAAGGUUUCAGCAUCGACCUCAUUCAUCGUGACUCGCCAUUAUCACCAUUCUUCAACUCCUCCAUGACCCACUCAGAGCGAGUUCAGAACGCCGCGCUGCGCUCACUAUCCAGAGCUAAUCGCUUUGGCCAGUCUUCCAUGGCUGAAACAAGCGAGUUAGUAGUAACUGAUAUAUUCCCAAACGAUGCAAGUUAUCUCAUGAAGAUAUCUGUUGGGACUCCACCUGUAGAGAGGUGGGCUCUUGCAGACACAGGAAGCGACCUUAUUUGGUUCCAGUGUUCACCUUGUCCUAAUUGCUAUCCGCAAAACGCACCCUUCUUUGAUCCAAAAAGUUCUUCCACUUAUAUGACUCUCUUAUGUGGCUCAGACCCUUGUAAAGCUUUGCCCCAAGUCAACGUGCAAGGCCAACAGUAUCCUAAAUGUGGAACAUCAAAUGAGUGUACCUAUUUCUAUUCGUAUGGGGAUAAGUCAUACACAAUAGGAGAAUUGGGUACAGAAUUAGUUAGUUUCGGCCAAGCUACUUCAUUUCCUAAGACGGUGUUUGGGUGUGGACACAACAAUAAUGGACGAUACAACAUGAACAACGCAGGACUUGUUGGGCUUGGUCAGGGUUCUUUGUCGUUAGUUUCACAAAUGGGUAACGUAGGUCGCAAAUUCUCCUAUUGUCUGCCUCCUUACAGUCCAAAGACCACAAGUAAACUAAGGUUUGGGGAAGAAGCAGCGCUAUCAGGAAAUGCGGUUGUGUUCACUCCCUUGAUCACAAAACCUGGUUCCUUGUCUUCGUUUUAUUUCCUCAACCUUGAAGGUAUCACUGUGGGACAGCAGACAGUGCAGACAGGUGAAAGCAAGGGAACAUAG